AUGCCAGCAGAUUACAAUGGUGUAUGGGAGAUGGUAGAAAAUGAGAACUUUGAUAGCUACAUGAAAGAAUUGGACAUAGACUUUGCCACCAGGAAGAUUGCACUUCAUCUCAAGCAGACAAAAGAAAUCAAACAAGAAGGAGACAAGUUUACCACCAAAACUCUGAGUACCUUUAGAAACUACAACCUGGAUUACACAAUUGGAGAAGAAUUUGAGGAGCACACCAAAGGCCUAGAUAAUAGAACAGUCAAGACACUGGUGCAGUGGGAUGGAGACAAACUCGUCUGCGUUCAGAAGGGUGAAAAGGCCAACAGAGGCUGGAAGCAUUGGAUUGAGGGUGAUAAACUGCACUUGGAGCUAACAUGUUGCGACCAAGUGUGCCAUCAAGUUUUCAAGAAAAAAAGCUAA